GUUCAGAGUCGGACCCCGGACAAGAACUAUCCUGCUGUGUUGGUGUCAAGGUGAAGCAAUCUGUUGUAGGUUUGAGGAUGCGGGUGAUGGCUAGAUGGUGGUGGGUGAUGGUGCUGGGGUGUUUGGUCAUCUCAGUGAUGGGAAUAAGGCGCUGGGAGUUCUUUGCAGUGCGUGGCAAGACCUUUAACGUGGGUACAGGUACCAGCGGCGUCAUCAAAUCCCAUAACGUCAGCUCAACGUGUGUUUGUAAAUCAUUGUGUUUCAUCAAUUCCUUGUGUAUGUCCUGGACGGCGGGGAAAGUAUCGGCUCAGUUGAUGCGUUGCCACUUGUCCACCCAGAGCCCUAUUGACACUACCCUCGUUGACAACCCUGCAUAUUUCUACGGAUUCAUGGAAGACUCCUUUGUGGGAAAGGAGGACCUUGGGGUGACGUUGGAAGAGGACAACCACCAUUACUUUGUACCCGAUGCUACUCUAUCAUACGCUGAAGCCAAAGAAUUCUGUGAGAAAAUUCCCGGGUUUAGGCCUGCUAUCCUCCACUCUCGGCAACAGCUUAAUAUUGGCUUGAAAAUGUCUGAUAGGUUCGACACAUCCGAGCUGCUCGUCGACCUACGUAACACCCCCGAUGGCGCAUUUAAACGCACAUGGAGUGAUGGAACACCUUUCAACGUAAAAUUCAAUAACAUGAUCCACGACUUGACCAAAACAGAUGAACCGUAUUUCAGGAUCAAGGGGAACGAAUACCACGCCAAGAACGAUGGUAACAAUCACUUUCUGUGUCAGUGUUAAUCAAGGGUACCUGGUGGUGUAGGAGAGAGAGAAUGAAACAUGGUAAGUCAGUCAGAAGUAAGAACAAAUAUCUUGAAUUGUGUUGCUCAAGACAUAAUUUAAACAGUACUGCACCAUAGACUGUACUCUGCACAUAUGUAUACUGAAUAGGGAUACUGUAGUGUAAUUUUAAAAAGGUAUUCAUGUACCUUCUGUAAUAAUACAAAUUGUAACUAAACAAUUUUACUAAACUAACUGAACCUCCCUAACCCUUACCAACCUAACUUAAUCUGACCUGAUUUAUCUUAACCUACCCUUACCAACCUAACUUAAUCUGACCUGAUUUAUCUUAACCUACCCUUACCAAGUUUUCUCUACCCUAACCUAACCUAUUUUGGGUAAAGUUUGGUUAUAUUAUGGAAGUAAACAAGACCUUCAAUGACCUAAAGUAAAAUUUAUAUAAAAGUGUGUUACCCUUAUAUGAAAUGACGCAACACCUUCCUUGUCUCUUGAUGCAACACUAAACUCCAUGUGUUGUUUGUAUAAUCUUUCAAUAUGUUGGAUGUUGCAAUACUGACCUAGUGUUUAUUUUCAUAUAAUCUGCAAUAUGUUCAGUGUUGCAAUAUUAACCUAAAGUUAGUCAUUGCUUAAUCUGCAAUAUGCUGUUUAGUGGGUACAGGGA